AUUCUCCCACCUUUUACGACGCCGCGAUAUCGGCCAUCCCGAUAAUGCUCUAUAUACGUGGGCAAGACGUCAGGAGAGGUUUCUUAUAUACGGCUGUACCACGUGUUUCGACUUUCGUGUCAUUUUUUUUGUUCUUCUUAUGGGCAACGGUCUCCAUGUAUCGAUGAAGCUGGUGGAGUUGACAACGUUUGGACAACAGCUUUGACUGGCGAGAGGACUGGACUCUUGAGUUAUCAGAUUGAGGACUGACGUCAUCACGGGAGAGAUGUGAAGGCUGAACAUGCUGCCUCCUGUGGCGCUCGGCUUCGCUGUCCUGAUAGUCUUGCUGUCGGUUGGAACCAUCAUAUGGCUCUACGUUCGCCACUUUUGGACGACGGCUGCCGAAGGUCACAGAGGCUCCUACAGCCCAUCCUUCGUCCAGGAGAAAGUAUUGGGGAAGACUAAAGAGCCAAGGAAAGAUACUUGCGCAGUCUUUAAGGAGUUUUCAGUUUUGCCCGUUCACGCUGACGAAGCGGACAGCGGUGUUCAGUUGCUGACGUCGACACCACUCAAGGACGAACUACUGCCGCUUGAGCCACCGGUACAAAGCAAGUUAGAUUCGUCUUGCCCAUCGGACAUAAAGUUGACUAUAGGGCUAUCACCCGAAACCGAAACGUGCGACUUAGACGACUGUUCUGUUUCUCAACAUGCCUCGAUAAGCGCAUCCGACAGCGAGGACCAGAGCGAUUCUUCGGACUCGUCAGCCGAGUACAUCUUGGAAGAUGAAACUCCGCGCACCGCAUCGACACGGGGACUGGUGAAUUCGAUUACUGCAUCUCAGUGUAAUUCCGUGGCGAUGAGCUGCGACUUGAUUAAGGAAAAUGAAAUGUCCGAAGAAGAAAUGCCAGGUGAAAAACACAUUACCGGCACAUUUCGUCGAAAUUCCCACAACGAAACGUACAGGCAGUACAUGGAAAGCGUUCUCUUGAAGAAAAGAGCCGAGAUGUUUUUCGGAACUUCAGGGGCCAAAUUUCGAAAGAGUUGUUUUGAAACUACGUAAUACCAUCGAUGUAGGCGAAAGGUUGACCCUUUGUUUUAAACAAUGCGCCAUUAAUAAGUUGAUCGUCGUUCACUUGCGAGGCAGUAAAACUUAGAACAGCAAUCGUGCAAAGCUCAGCCAUCUCAGUAUUUUUUUUUUUCACUUCAGUCUUACACAUUAUUAGACAAUUGUAACCGAUGAAAAGUUUUGUACUUCAGUAAAAUAUAUUUCACAACCUA